AUGGCAAUUUUACUACAAAAAAGGAAUUCUGUUCGAGAGAACUAUAAUGAGAUUACUCAAACGGCUCUCACUUCUCUCAAAGAAGUGACGGAAAAAACUGAUCGCCUUCUAUGGCGUUGCGAUCCUUCGCCACAUAUACAGAACAUUACCUACGACGAGGUUACGCGGCUGCUACAAGGAUACAUUGAGAAUGAGGUGGAUCUAAACACCUAUGGCUAUUGCUUCUGUCUCUGUGAUGAACAAGGCCCAAAGUCGGAUCGCUACUUCAAUCUUCGAGAAACAUUAUCGGAUGUCAAUGCAAACAAAGUGGUGACUGGACUGCGGUUUGUGAAGAGGAAUCGUAUAUUCCAUUUGCAAAUCCAGCAGGGAGAACUCUUGCCUCGUGGUCUCAUCAACGAAUCAACUGUGGAGUGGAAACCAGUCGAAAACUAUGAAAUCGGUGAUACCACUGCUAAGGAAGGAGUCGACUAUCACACAUUAACUUAUCAAAAUCGAGCUAUAGAUCUGGAUGAAGUAACGAAACCAGAUGAUAUAACUUUUGUGGUGACCGGUGUGCGAUUCCAGGUUUUGGAUGGACAUCUGAAUCUGAAAGUGCAUUUCAGCCAAUGGGAUUUUGUAAAAGGCAAAUUAAUCGACCCGGAGGUAAAUAGCAUUUGGCAGUCGAAUGACAAUGUUUACAAUAGAGAACAGCUACGUCUCGAUAAUAAACAAGUGCCAACACUAGCCUAUGAGAACCCGCGAUAUUCAAAGAACUCUCAAUAUCUUGAAUUUACCAACUCGGGAGGGUGGGGGGAUGCAUCACAAACGACAAUUCCGUUUAUUGACAUACAGGAAGUCGAGUUCAAACCGCCAGUGCCUUUAGCCGGCAUCGGCAUCCACCACAGAGGUUAUGAAUACGAAUCCAGAUUCGCUAGUGGCUUCGGUGGCUUUGUGGGCCCCAAAAUCGUCAGCUACGACCUUUCCCCUCAUCUUGGUUGA